UUUAAAAUAUGUCCACAAAAGCUUUGUAAAAUAGCAUAACAAAAAAAAAAUAACAUGGGAGUAUAUCAUUUUCAGAUAGCGACAGCACCACAAUUGCGCGGAAGUAAAAUAUUAAAAUGUCCUGGACAUUUUAUCUCCAGUGAUGAUGAUAAAGUGAAGCCAUUGCUACGGUACUUAUACAGCAUAUGCCCAUGUGCAUGUUUAUUCAAUUUUUAAUUUAAGAAGGUGUGUGUGUGUGUUAUUUUAAAAAAUAACGUAGGCCCCACCCAUCUUCUAUUAGUAAUGACAUACAAGAAACUUUAAAAAAUAGCGUUGUACGUGUGUCGUAGGGGGGCAUGGUUACCAUAGAAACCGAAAAUGAAAGAUGUUUCUUUCGCUGUCAGUUUGUUAUAUUAAGUUUUGAUUGAGGUGUAAUGGGGGGUAUUGAUUGCUGUACGGGAAUGACAAUGCGACAAGGCAACGAACAGCCGGCCGCUUUUCAGUUGAUGUCGCAGGGCAGUGCGGUGCUGAAAGGAAAGAAAGCCAACUGUCUCCGAGAGGAGCGCGUUUCAGACUUUAUGUUUUUUCGUGGCGUAAAAACAUUCAGGCCACAUUCUGGUGGCCUGACUUAAUCAUCUUGUCGUAUGCUCCAUGUCUCUGAGCUGUUAUGAAAACAAAACUACCCCGUCCUUCCUCUUCCUGAUGUGCUCUUGUACUGAGCUUGCGUACUGGUGCAGCCUCCAGUGACGUCAUACGCUGGCUUGCUCGAUAGAGGCAAGUCAGAACAAAUAUCUGUAUACACCGAGGUGAUACACAGAAUAGAGACUGUGCUUACUAGUUUAAUUUAAUGCAUAUAUGUAUGCCAGUUGAAAAACUACUAUGCAAGUGGCCGCAGUAGGUUUCGUAUGUUGACUCGGGACAUAUUUUAGAUUGAGCCUCAAGUGAUGCGGUGCUACCUGUCAAAAAAAGAAGGACGCGUUGAAGCUGCACUUCUGAAAAAAGGAUUAGCCCUGUCUCACAAUGACCUCUGUCGAUCAGCUGGCAUCAGCAGCUGCAACUGGACAAACUGAAUACGUACUAACUUUGCUACAGAACGGCUGCGAUCCCAAUGGUACGAAUCGUUUUGGACGGACACCUAUUCAGGUUAUGAUGAUGGGGAAUACAUCUGUAGCCAGACUGCUGCUGCUGUACGGUGCGAACCCGAAUUUGCAGGAUGUGACCACAGGGAUGACUCCGCUCCACGACGCAGCUAGUGGUGGUUUUCUGGACACAGUUAUGAUACUGGACCAAUAUCAUGCCGACAGAAAUAUCACGGAUAACUUCAACCGGCGACCUGUUGAUCUCGCCAAAGCAAACGGACACGAGGACGUUGUAGAUUUUCUGGAACCAUAAAUAAUCCAGGAUAUUUUUGUUUUAUUUUAAAUAAGUCUGUUCAUUGUUGAAUGGUUUGUAAGUAUUAUUUUUUUCAUGUAAAUGAUUUUAGAAAAUAUUGUUACCCUUUUCCUAUUGCAUUAUUAUUUAAAAUAAUUCAAAAUCAUUCAAAUUUGUGUCUGAUUAAAAUAUAUGACCCCUUCGUAUGAAUAUAUAAGUAUAAGAUAUGAAACCCUCGUAUGACUAGUGAAAUAUAUAACUAUUAUUUCACGUAAUAAUGGAUAUUAAAUGUUUCAUUGGUUCCAUUGUCAGACGGUUAUAUUUACCUGUUAACUGUUUUUUUCAUUUUCCUGCCAGUUCCUCUUUUAAUUGGGAUUAUCCUACAAUAAAUCGGUUGAUAUAUGUGGAAAGAAUCUUCUCAGCAUAUGAAUACGUUUAAUAAUUAAGAACGUUUUUUUCUAUAGCAGGGUUUCCCGCAGGAAAAAGCUUAGGCAAGGUGAAAAUCUCCACCCCACUCCCGACACCGUACGACUCCCACCUACUGUAUACUGUAGUAUCUUCUGAACUAGCUAUCAUUAUUAUUGCAAUUUUAAAAUACUAUCCCGAGCAAGACGUUAUUUAUUUUUUUACCACAACAACUAGUUUGAUUAUAUAGGAUUCAUUAAAGAUGUAGACUACCCUAGGAAGAGCUUUGUUCUUGAAACGGGAAAGGCAUUGCUAUUUGAUAUUUUCUGUAUGUAUAAAUUCUUCAAUGUGUUCUUUUUGGUAUUCAAAAAGGCGCUGUUUAUUGUGGGCUCAUGGAGUCAAUAACUCAAUCGCACGUCUUUUUUUUUCACUGUGAAAAUCAGAUGAUUGAUCUUGCGAGGAAACCCGUUUUUUUUUCUCCGUCGAUUAUUGGCAGAGUGUUCAAGGGAUCAAUUUAUGCAUGAAAUGUAUGUAUGCACCUUCAUGCACGAAAAUGUCCAUCGAAAACUGUGAUGACAUAGCGUUUGUAUUUAUGAUUUGGUUAAUUAACGGAAUAACGGCUCUCCAGUACAAUCCUUUUAAAAAUACGUUCAUGACCUAUUUUUUUAAAUCAACUUAGAAGUGAUGCAAACGUGUGAGAUUUUCAGACCUAGUUUUUAGUGAUGAUCUACUACACGAAAAUAUGUUAACAUUUAAAUUUCCAAGGGAAACUCAAUUUCGUGCUAAAAAUUAGGAAAUUAAGUGUGCUUUAUUAUUAUUAUUAUGGACGAGCGUACUUCACCAACGUGUAGCUCCACCUGUAUAUUAUACUUUAUACUCUUAAGGUAGGUGUAAUAUUAAAAUAACUUUAGCAGUUUAAUAGAUUUUGCGUUUUCUUAAUCUGUACAGACAGUAGUCCACAGCCGCAUAAACAAUAUGCGUUACUGGUUGGGCGGACUUAGUGGUCAAGAGCUGUUUGUAGUAUCUUCUAAAAAAGCUACGAUUUGUCGAAAAAAAGUAUUAGCACAGGUACUGUAGCACGUUAUCUUGAAUCCUGCAGUAUUUUAUAUUGGCGAAGAGUAUAAAAGUGCAGUUGUUGCUGCCAAGAAAAAAAUCGUGGAACAUUAUCACGUAAUUACGGGGUAGUAAAUUGUGUGAUAAUUAUAAUUUGACAGAACAACCUACAUUAUGUUGUUGACUUUUUUGCUUUAGUGUUAUUGAGGAAGUCCAGCACUACAGAAUUUAUAUUUACUUUGACAGGAGUUUAGCCAUAAUGAAAAUUGCACUGUUUAGUUCAUUGUUUGCAAUCGCAAUUAAAUAGGCCUUUAUCACAGUCAUUGACUUUUUAGGCUACGUGAACAAAAUCAGUAUACAGCAUAAGCACUCACACGUAAACAAGACUACGUGAUAAUUAUCACGUAAUUAUAUGAUUAUGAAUUGAUUUUUUAUUUGUUAUGAGUUGUAGCAAUUCUCCUCCGUAGGUAAAAGUGAUAGAUAACUGAUUCUUAGAAAAUCUGGUGGAUUCCGGACCAUAGUUGGGAAUGUCUAUAAAAGGCUUUUGUUCUCUCAGCUCCUCAAAAAUGAGGAAAUAAAGCGUGCUCCAUUGCUUUGUUUGAUCAAAAAAUUAUUUUGUGCUGUUCGAACUUAAAUUGAUCACAUUUUACAUGGAUCCAACUAAUAAGUCUUCAUAAUAAGAAUACGAAGAAUAUGGACGGGCGUCCAUUACCAACGUGUAGCCCCACCUGUAUAUUAUACUUUAUAUUCUUAAGAUGAUGCAUAAAUCCAUCAAUGGAAAUUAAAUUAAUGACAGCACAGAGGCAACUGAUUCUGAAGGUGUUUCCAGGACAGCCGAGAGAUAAAAUCCCUCCAGAGUGUCCUGCGUCUGACCAGUGGGUUAUGCUCAGGACACCUCCAGCAGGAGGCCUCAUGGGGGUACCUCAACCGGCUCAUCUCAAUACAGAGGAGCAGGAGCUCUACUCCAGGGUUCUCCCAAACUGCAGAGCUCCACACCCUGCCAUGAAGAGUAAUCCCAGCAACUAUAAAAAUAAACUUAAUUUCUGCUAUUUGUA